AUGCCCCGCGAAGUCAUCACAUUUCAGAUUGGACAAUGUGGAAAUCAGAUUGGAAGUCAACUCUGGGAGGUGCUCCUCAAGGAGCACCUCCCAAAGUUGACUAGCGCUCUGCCUGCAGCAACAGCAGUCGGGGUGCAUGCAAGCACUUUUGACGAAGGGACAUCGUCAAUCUUUAGGCUUCGCACCAAUAGCCGGCUGAGGAUGGGCGAAGCUGGGGCAGGAGAUCUUAAGGCGAGGGCCAUCUUGAUCGAUAUGGAAGAGGGCGUUGUAAAUCGUCUUCUUCGUGGGCGCUUGAGCUCCCUUUUUGACGACACGCUUCUGGUCACCGACGUUUCAGGCUCUGGAAACAACUGCCCUGGGGAAACAGAUGAUGUAAUAACUUCACCCUACAACGCGACGCUGGCUCUUCAGGGGCUUCGGCAAGAUGCUACGUGUGUUUUUCCUCUCUGCAAUGACUCGCUAACUCAGAAGGUCCCGGGAUUAGAGAAUCUCAACCCAGCCAAACCGUUCGCACAUGCUAAUGCAGUGGCUGCUCAAAUGCUGGCGCACUUGACAAGCUCCGUGAGAUUCAGUGGCCCGUUAGACAUGGAUUUGCUGGACAUUAGUAGCAAUCUGGUGCCGUACAAGGGUCUCCACUUUUUGGUGUCUAACCUGGGCAGCUCUAUUCAGAGGCCAGUGCGUAAUGGGUGA